AGAAUGUCUUUAUAUACAACGUUCACAGCUUUCUUGUCAUUAGACAAUACAAACAUGUUUUCUCUUGAGGUUACUCUUGAAAGAGCGACAUACAGUUGGCCAUGUGAAAAACAGUCAACGCUCAAAUCUAAGCCUGCAACGUUGAAGGUUUGACCCUGCGAUUUAUUAAUGGUCAUUGCAAAAGAUGUCUUUACCGAAAAUUGUAAACGUUUAAAUUGGAAUGGUAAAUCCGAUGGUAUCAUAGGGAUUCGGGGAAUCAAUACAUCUUCUCCGGUACCACAUCCUAUAAAACCAAGAUGUGUAUAUGUGUGUCUUAAUAGACGAAUGCCUACAAAUAUGGACAAUUCGAUAAUAACUAAUUUGCUUCCAGCUAAAAACCAAUGUAAAAACUAAGGCAAAAGCGGCUGAACAAACACAAAAUAUCUUGCUCUAAAAUGGGGACAGCAAUGGGGAAAAAUGGGGGACACUUUUUAGAUGCACUGCCCUCUCAGGGCACCCUACACGUUGUUAUGCUUGGCCUUGAUUCAGCCGGAAAAACUACGGCUCUUUAUAGAUUGAAAUUUGAUCAGUAUUUAAAUACAGUACCUACAAUUGGAUUCAAUUGCGAAAAGAUGCACCGAUGGCAUUCUGUUCGUGGUUGAUUCGGUGGAUGUAGAGCGAAUGGAGGAAGCUAAAAUGGAACUUAUGCGAACAGCCAAAUGCCCCGACAAUCAGGGUGUUCCUGUUCUAAUACUGGCAAACAAGCAAGAUUUACCUGGUGCUCGUAACCCUAAGGAAUUAGAAAAAUUAUUAGGUCUACAUGAACUUUUAUACCCAGCGGUACAUUUACAAAGUAUAUGUGCUAGCUCAUCGUCAACAGGGAAUAUUGUGGGCUGCAGCAGCAGCAGUACAAGCACUAUUAAUACCUUCAGUAGAAGUAUGACGCCAACGUCACAGCACAGUAAAAGCUUUGGAUAUAGUGGAGAAAGUGGUUUCUCUAAAGAUGGUUUAACAAGAAAUUUAAAAAUUCAGUUUUCUGCAUCGUCCUCGACUGCGGCAGCUACAUCAAAUCCAGUAGGAAAUGAGUCGGAGCAUUAUCUGAACGACGAAUUUAGCAACACGGGCGAGAGACAUACAUCUUCGAUGCUCAAUAAAACUACUCAAGACAAAAAUUUAACAUAUGAAUCUUCACCAUCAUCCGUGGUGACAACACCUACGGCUACAGCUUCCAAUACGCUGUUUCUACAAAAAAAGGCAACCAAAACCACCAGUUAUUCUGCAGCAUUACAUCAAUUCAAAGGAUGGUAUAUCCAACCAGCCUGUGCCAUUACUGGAGAAGGUCUGCAAGAGGGCUUAGAAGCACUUUAUGAAAUGAUUUUAAAACGGCGGAAACUUAAUAAAACAUUUAAGAAAAAACGGUAAUAUUUCUGUACAUACUGUUUCAAAUAUUUCUGACUGUUCUGGCUUUCUUAUACCCAGUGUUAUACGACGAAGCACAUUUAUGUUAAAUUUUUUGAAUAUAAAACUUUGUUGAAAAUUUUAUUUGACGGUGUAAAUUGCAGUGAUAUAAAUGUAUAUAUUGUACGUAAGAAAUCUUUUGUUAACUUACUUUUAAAGAGCAAGAUCUGUAAUAUUAAAGAAGAAAAGCUUUUA